AAAUCCAAGUGACAGAAACGAGAAGAAUGGCUUCCAAGUCGGCCCUUGUCCUCUGUGUCAUCAACCUCCUCUUCUUCACGAUGGUAACCUCCACCUAUGCGCAAUCACCAUCACCUCCAUCCCCAGGAAAUCAGCCAAGUUGCCCUAUCGACGCCCUUAAGUUAGGCGUCUACGCCAGGGUGUUGGAUGUCACCGUCGGCAGGAGGGAUUGUUGUACCCUCAUUGGGGGCCUCGUCGACGUCGACGCUGCCGCCUGCCUCUGCACGGCCAUUAGAGCCAAUGUCUUGGGUAUCAACCUUAACGUUCCCCUCUCCUUGAGCCUGAUUCUCAACAAGUGUGGCCGAAACGUCCCCAGUGGCUUUCAGUGCCCUUAAUUCAACAGAUAUAUGCACACACACACACACAUAUAUAUAUAUAUAUGUAUCAUCACUAUCUCCACUGCACUAUGAUCAUCAAGUUCCAUAGUUCUUGAUGACAAAUAAAUCAUAUCAAUAAAAAGUUUAUAUUGACCUA